UAGAGCUCUCCUUCCUUGUUUUAACAGCGAAUUUUUACCCCAAAAACUUCUAGGGUUUAUGUCAUUCCAUUUCUCGCUUCUUCCGAUUCAGCCUCCAUUGAAAUGUGCUUUUGAUUAUCUUCGGUCCCUUGCGGCGUCUCCAUUGGAAGGGAUUCUCCCGCUGUUUCUGAAAUCUUCGAGAGGAAGAGUGCUGUUUCUCGAGAGAGGGAGAUAGAUAUAGGAAGAGGAGUUUCUGUGACUGGACCCUGACCAUCCAUGGCGAAAAGGAGACCUGGAACGAGUGAUGUAGAUUCCUACACAAUUAGAGGCACCAACAAAAUCGUUAAAGCUGGAGAUUGUGUAGUGAUGCGGCCAUCAGAGAGUAAUACUGCUCCUUAUGUGGCACGGGUGGAGAAGAUUGAGGCUGAUAACCGUAGCAAUAUGAAAGUACAUGUGAGGUGGUACUACAGGCCAGAGGAAGCAGUCGGAGGAAGAAGACAGUUCCAUGGAGCCAAGGAGUUGUUCUUAUCAGAUCACCAUGACAUGCAGAGUGCUCACACGAUUGAGGGGAAAUGCAUUGUUCACUCUUUCAAGAAUUAUACUAAGUUGGAGAAUGUUGGCUCUGAGGAUUACUAUUGCCGCUUUGAAUAUAAGCCUUCAACUGGAGCUUUUCUGCCAGACCGUGUUGCAGUGUAUUGCAAAUGUGAGAUGCCCUACAAUCCUGAUGACCUGAUGAUACAGUGUGACGAAUGCAAAGACUGGUACCAUCCUGCUUGUGUUGAUUUGACAGUGGAAGAGGCAAAGCAAUUGGAUCACUUUAUCUGCUCCGAGCAUGGAUCCGAUGAAGAUUUAAAAAAGGCCCAAGAAAACUCGCUUACAAAUGGCAAAGCAGAGACGAAGCGCCAGAGGAAGUAAGACCACUAUGUGCUGAUCUCUUUAGCAUUGUUGUACAGGCAGAGAACUCUUCCUCUGCUUAGACCUUUGGUUAUUUGUAAUUAAUGACACAUACCAGAGCGUAUAUUGUAUUAAUCGAUGCAGCUUUGUAGGUCUUGCUUCCUAAAGAGAUGAAUCAGUAAAUUGACUUGCUUGCUAGACAUUUUCUAUCAUUAUGCAAUCUAAUUGAGUGUAUCCCUCUCAUUGUAAGCUUCAGCAUUACACUGUUAUUAGCAGCAGAAUCAAACCAUUUUCCUGAUUA